AUGGUCUCGAAGCUGUACCAGCCCGCGCCCGUCGCGGGUCGAUGCGCGCUCGUCACCGGCGCGUCGUCCGGGAUCGGAUUCGCGACCGCGGAGAGGCUCGCGGAGCUCGGAUGCCGGCUCGUCGUCGCCGCGCGGAGGAAGGAUCGCCUCGACGCGCUCGCGGCGAAGCUGCGCGACGAGCACGGCGCGAGCGUGCACUGCAUCGAGCUCGACGUGUGCGACGUCGACGCCGUCAUGGCGCUCCCGGAGGCGCUCCCCGCCGACUUCGCCGACGUCUCCAUCCUCGUGAACAACGCCGGCGGCGCGCUCGGCACCGCCAAGUGCACGGAGAACGACAUGAACGACAUGUCCACGAUGAUCGACGCGAACGUGAAGGGGCUCAUCGCGUGCACGCGCGCGUUCACCCCGGGGAUGGUGGCGCGCGGCGAGGGCCACGUGAUCAACAUCUCCUCCAUCGCCGGGAUCGAGUGGUACGGCGGCGGGAGCGUGUACUGCGCGACCAAAGCGGCGGUGAACGCGUUCACGUACGCGUGUCGCAAGGACCUCCACGACACGCCGUGCAAGAUCACGACCGUGGCGCCCGGGUUCGUGAACACCGAGUUCUCCGCCGUGCGGUUCAAGGGCGACGCGGCGAAGGCGGAGGGCGUGUAUAAGGGCAUGAAGUACGGCGGGCCGCUGCUGGCGGAGGACAUCGCGGAUAACAUCGUGUACGCGCUCACCCGGCCGGGGCGGGUGCAGGUGUGCGACAUGCUCGUGUACCCGACGUCGCAGGCGAGCGCGAAGGACAUCGCGAGGGAGUGA